AUGACUACAAGUUCCACCAUCACACGUGGCACUAGCUCACUAAAUAUUUGGGCUCAGCGCUCAAAGCCCAAAGUUGAUAUCAGCUUUGUGGAACAAAGGCCAAACCUCGUCAAUUCAUAUACUACAGGAGACCAUAUUGAGGGCACAGCUACUAUAACUGUCGAAUAUGAAACACGUUUUGAUGAAGUGGAAAUCGUCCUUCAAGGUAGGAUAAUGCAAUUCAAUGUUCAAUGCAUCAACAUAACUGACAUCAAGACAGGUAAUUCGUCCACAUUAAUGGACCGCGUCAACAGCCCUGGCCAAUUAGGCUCACGGCAGACAUUCCUCAAGCUCCGCCAGCCAAUUGAAGAUACAUAUUAUCCAACUCCACGAGUAUUGGAAGUAGGCCGACAAUACAAAUUCGACUUUACAUUCGUUGUUCCCGAUCAUCUAUUGCCGCAAGUCUGCUCACACACAAAAAAGAACAUACACGUCGCCCACUCUCACACUUUGCUCCCGCCAACACUGGGAGAUCCAAUGCUCUCCAGCGAUGGAAAGACUCUUCUGGAUGAUCUGGCUCCUCAGAUGAGCCAGAUUUCAUAUACGAUCCGAGUGGCUGUGCUACAGCGAUCGCAAACAGAGCGGAAACUCACCACACUGGCUCAUGUGGCCAAGAAAGUUCGCAUCAUUCCCAACAUAGCAGAGGAGCCACCUAUUGACGUGACCGGCAAUCAAUUCUACUGCCUCCGCAAAGAAAAGACCGUCAGACGAGGCUUCUUGCGCGGGAAGCUCGGUCGGAUUGUUGCUUCAUCCUCACAGCCCAAAGCAAUUGAACUACUUCCCCCAUACUGUGAGGUGAAAGACACUGUCAGCACAUCCGUAACGGUCCAGCUCCGAUUUGACCCAAUGGGGAAGGAAAGCCCACCUCGUCUUGGCUCGAUAGUCAGCAGACUCAAUGCGAGCACUUUCUUCGGCUCAUCCGGAUGGGACGACUUCCCACGCCAGAGGGAGGUGGGGGGCUUUCAGCAGGUUGGAAAGAGCGUCUUUAACGAAUCAAUCUUUCUUUCUACCAUGUGCGUAGAAUCGGCACAGUGGGAAAAACACACAUCACUGUCAGACUCCGACUCGCGAUGUGAUUCUCUACAGUCAACCUCCUCCGCAGACUCAACCAGUCCACCAUCCGCAUUCUGCGGCGGCGUCUACUACACAACUUCCCUCGUCAUCCCCGUCACUCUCCCCAAGUCAAAGGCCUUUGUUCCAACUUUCCACUCCUGUCUGAUAUCUCGCACAUACUCACUGGAACUAUCAUUGUCCUACCACACCCCAAACACAAAUGUGCUUGAACCAACCGUCUCUUUGCGACUGCCUGUUCAAAUAACAAGCCGAUCCAAAUACGCUGAUUCAGUCGAGAGUACUACAGAUGUUUUUGUCACACAGGAACAACUAGAAUCGUUUUUCGCCCCUAGAUAUGUGUCACAGCCCACGAGGAACUCGGUUGUUGAUAUCAGCUUGGCUCCUCCGGUUUACUCGGAAACAAAUACAACAUAA